CCAGCAUUUUCUCGCUUAUUGAUCCAUUACUGAUCAUUACAUCAAUCAACUCAUCAAUCGUAGCCCAGCUGUCGUAACCCAUUGCGUGAUUACAUGCCUUCAAGGUGAAACGAGAGGUAUUUAUUGAUCCAUAUUCUCCCAAUUGCGCAAUCAUCAACCUCUUCUUCACCCAAAUCCUCAUCAUGUCCUCCAACCAAGCCUCAUACCUCGACGCCAAGGGCUCCAAACUGCGGGUCGCCGAGACCGCCAUCCCCAAGGCCGCACCCAAUGGCAUUGUCAUCAAGAACAAAGCCAUUGCCAUCAAUCCCGUCGACUGGAAAAUUCAAGACUCGGGCUUCUUCAUCCAAAAAUGGCCGACCGUUCUCGGUUCGGACGUCGCUGGUGAGGUUGUCGAGGUGGGCGAAAAGGUGACGAGGUUCAAGAAGAGUGAUCGAGUUGCUGCACACACCAUUGGCCUUGCCUCGGGCAACACGGAGAAUGGCGGGUUCCAACACUACACAGCCGUUCAAGCCGACAAGGCCGCCAUCAUCCCCUCCAACAUCAGCUUUGCCCAAGGCUCCGUCUUCCCCCUGGCAUUGGACACCGCAGCCGUGGGUCUGUACGGAGAUCGCGACAGUGGCUUCCUUGGCCUGCCACUCCCGUCCCACAACCCCGAGCCGUCCGGGGAUGUCGUAUUCGUCUGGGGCGGCUCCUCGUCCGUCGGAGCAAUGGUCAUCCAGCUCGCCGUGGCCAGCGGGGCUAAGGUAGUCGCGACGGCAAGCCGACACAACCACGAACUCGUCAAAUCCUGGGGCGCUUCGGCGGUCGUCGACUACAAAUCCCCCUCCGUGGUGGAAGACGUGGUGGCCGCGGUCAAAGAAUUGAAAGGCAACUUCGUCGGCACGUACGACGCCAUCUCGACCAAAGACUCGUACGCACACGCCGUCCCCAUCGCGGAGAAGCUUGGCGGGGGGCCUUUUGCCAUCGUUGGCGGUCCACCCGAAAGCAAGCCGGAGAAGCUCAAGUUCGGCGGGGUGUUUGGAAUCAACGAUCUCACUCAUCCCGUAUGGAGCGAUUUCGUCACCAAGGCAUUGGAGAGUGGGCAGUUGAAGGCGGUGCCCGAGCCCUCCACCGUGGGUAGGGACUUGGAGAGCCUGCAGAAGGGGGUGGAUGAGUUGAGGAAGGGGGUUAGUGCCAGGAAGCUGGUGGUGGAGUUGUAGGA